GGGAAGUGGGAGGACCCAAAAAGGCGUCGCAAAAGGGAGAAUUGUUUGAGAGCUCAGUCAUCCAAAAACGGCCUUUCAAUGUGAGAAGUUGGGGAGCCGAAGAAAAUGUCGGUGGCAUCGCAGUAAAUUAACGAAAAAGCAGCGAGCCUUCAACAGAGAACUUUUAAAAAAAGGUGUUUCAACGGGGUUUUGGAGACUUUAAAACUGAGCAGAGGAGCAAAGCAGAGGCGAAGAGGAGAACUCGGCUGCUUCCAGCACCAAGUAAAGCAGAUUCGGGGGUAGUGUAUGGAAGAUGUCUGGAAAGAGAGACUGGACUCAGUGGACAAAAAAGAAAAGGGCUCCAGUGUUGUGUGCUCUGGGCGCAGUACUCCUAUGCUGCCUACAGAGCAGCGCCUCGAUAACUGAUGAGGACCCUUUCUUCACUGAGGAGCCCGUGUCUGUGGUGCAGAAGUUGGGGGGCAGUGUGAACUUGCGCUGCAGCGCUCGCCCUUCCUCUGCCAACAUCAGCUGGCGACAUAACGGCCAGGAGUUGUUGGAUGGAGACCUCGGUGUGGUGCUGGGGCCCAGCGGCCUCUUCAUCCCCUCGCUGUCCAAUCUGACCCUGGGGAGGUACCAGUGUGUGGCCAGCACCAGUGCUGGAGCCCUGGCCAGUGUUCCUGCUAACGUCACAGCUGCCAAGCUGCGGGACUUUGAGCCCGAUGACCAGCAGGAAAUCGAGGUGGAUGAAGGCAACACGGCUGUCAUCGAGUGUCACCUGCCUGAAAGCCAGCCCAAGGCUCAGGUCCGCUACAGUGUGAAGCAGGAGUGGCUGGAGACGUCAAAAGGGAACUACCUCAUCAUGCCAUCAGGGAACCUGCAGAUAGCCAACGCCACGAGAGACGACGAGGGACCGUACAAAUGUGCUGCCUACAACCCCGUCACUCAGGAAGUCAAAACGUCCUCCUCUGCCGACCGCCUGCGCAUCCGCCGCUCCACCUCUGAAGCAGCGCGCAUCAUUUACCCACCAGCAUCCCGCUCCAUCAUCGUGACCAAAGGCCAGCGGCUGGUUUUGGAGUGUGUGGCCAGUGGCAUUCCGACUCCACUGGUCACAUGGGCCAAAGAUGGACAGGACCUGCGUUUUCAGAACAACACGCGCUCCCUGCUGAGCAACCUCCUGAUCGGUGCAGUUGGCGAGAGCGACUCGGGGACAUAUGUCUGCCGCGCGGACAACGGUAUCGGCUCCUCCGGCGGUGCGGCCGGGGUGUAUGACGUACAAGUGUUUGAGCCUCCUCAGGUGACCGUGGAGCUACAGCAGCAGGAGGUCGUUUUUGGAGAUAAUGUUCGCAUCAUUUGCCAGGCCCGGGGUAAACCCGCCCCGUCUGUGAUGUGGCUCCACAACGCCCGGCCUCUUUCUCCGUCACCUCGCCACCGCCUCACGUCCAGGAUGCUGCGCGUCUCCAACGUGGGUCCUCAGGACGAGGGACUGUACCAGUGCAUGGCUGAGAACGGCGUGGGCAGCUCACAGGCGUCUACUCGUCUCAUCAUGGUGUCAACAGGGAUUUCCACCAGAGGGAAGUUACCCUCCGUUUAUCGACCACUCAGUCCAGAUAAAGUACUAAAAGAGCAGCCUCCGGUGAGACCUGGAGCUACAGGAGCCAUGUUACCUCUGGACUGUUCUGAGCUGCCAGGACAGAUCCUUCCUGCAGAAGCUCCCGUCAUCCUCAGUCAGCCACGCACGGGCAAGGCCGACUAUUACGAACUGACCUGGAGGCCGCGGCACGAGAAAGGAGCCCCAGUUCUGGAGUACAUGGUCAAAUACCGAAAGUUUGGAGACCCUCUUGCAGAGUGGGAGUCCAGUAGAAUUUCAGGCUCCCUCCAUAAACUGACCCUGGCUAAGUUGCAGCCCGACAGCCUGUAUGAGGUGGAGAUGACUGCUAAGAACUGUGCUGGUUUGGGCCAACCUGCCAUGAUGACCUUCAGAACCGGCAAAUUUCGGAAAGUUGGAGGGCACGAUCCUCCCAAAACUCCAUCUGUUCCUUCUCCCAGCCUCUCUGCUCCCGAGGCUCCGGACAAGCCCACGGUCUCCACGGCAACAGAGACGUCCUCAUACGUGACUUGGAUUCCUCGCGGUAACCGUGGCUUCCCCAUCCAGUCAUUUCGGGUGGAGUACAAGAAGGUGAAGAAGGCCGGAGAGGACUGGAUGACGGCGGUGGAAAACAUCCCGCCGUCGCGGCUCUCUGUGGAGAUCACGGGCCUGGAGAAAGGUACGUCCUAUAAGUUUCGUGUGGUGGCGGUGAAUGUGAUCGGUUCCAGUCCUCCCAGUGUUCCUUCAAAGGCCUACACCGUUGUGGGCGGUCGGACUCACGAACGCCCCGUGGACGGACCCUACAUCACCUACAACGAAGCCAUCAACGAGACCACCAUCAUUCUCAAGUGGACGUACACUCCCGUAAACAACACACCCAUCUAUGGUUUCUACAUUUACUACCGGCCAACAGACAGUGACAAUGACAGUGACUAUAAGAAGGAUGUGGUGGAGGGAGACAGAUACUGGCACUCCAUCACUGACCUGCAGCCCGAGACCGCCUACGACAUCAAGAUGCAGAGCUUCAACGAGAAAGGGGAGAGUGAAUUUGGGAACGUCGUCAUCCUGGAAACCAAGGCUCGUCCACAUCCUCAGAGACCUGAUCCUUCCCGGACUCCAGAUCUUGAUCGGAAAGUUCCGACUGGACUGGUGCCUCGGCCCGGUGACAUUCCGUACCUGAUCGUUGGUAGUGUGGUGACCUUCGUCUUCAUCAUCGCCACCUUUGUUCCUUUCUGCCUGUGGAGAGCCUGGGCCAAACAGAAGCAAACGUCCGACCUGUGUUUCCCCACUGUGGCCCCGCCCAUGUCCUCAUGCCAGUACACCAUGGUCCCACUUCAGGGACUGGCCCUGGUGGGCCACUGCCCGAUGGACGGCCACAUGACUGCGUCUCAUGGCGUCUACCCUGUUAAUGGAGAAUACACUCCCAAUGGGAAACCUCAUCAUCCGACACACUGUCAGCCGCGGCUGCCGGAGAAUGAAGUGGACUGUGACAUGGAGUGUGACACCCUGUUACCACAGACAGUGUCCAAUGGACAUCUGCCCUCAGUCUACCACUACUCCACCAGUGGACCAGAUCACCAUGAAGACUCGUGCUGUCCUGCCGACGACUCCUCCCUGCAGCUCCUCCACUCGUCUCAGCAGCACUUCAGCUCCCAGGAGCUCGGAGGUGACGGCAGCUCCUGUGGGGACAAAGACGAUGAGGAGGACGACAUCAGGCAAAAGCUGGCGUCUUUCCCUCUGUUGUCUCUAGAGGACGAGGGGAUUUUCACCACGUCCUCGUCCUCAACAGCCACCACGCCGCAGUCACAUGACACAACGAUACAGGAAGUGGACAUCCUCCCAAAUGAAGCCAACCCCGAGGACGAAGGGAGAGACAACACAACAGAUGCAUAAGGGACUCAUGAAAAAAGAAAGAAAAUUAGAGAAUAUAUUUAUUUUUGUAUCACAGAUAUUUAUAUAUUUAUGCCUUUGUACAUAAUUGUAUGAUUAGACUGUAUAUAAGGUUAUUUUCAUAUUGAAAAAAAAACAGAAAAUACUUUUUAUUCACUCCUCGCCUGCUCACUGACGUCACAGAUAAAGGGGAAAAUUCUCGUGCUGACCUGCUCUUGUUUUUCCUCAUGUGAAGAUGAUCAGUGGUUUUCCCCUCAGUCCAGCACUUCCUGUUAGGUCACUUCCUGUAGAACCCCCCCCCACUGACCCCCCACCAACACUCAGAAUCUGAAAUUGAGACCUGGUUUCUGUGUGGCCUCAUCAGGACACAUCAGUCAGUUUUGUAUAGCUGUAACACAAACGUAUAACUACGCCUUGAUCAUCAUUAAAUAACUAUUAACAUGUGUAUGCAACAUAGGUGCGUCUGUUUCUGUAGUGUCCAAGAGAUUAUAAAUAUAUAUAUAUAUAUAUAAAUAUAUAUAUAUUGUAUAGUUAUUUAUUUUUUUAAAUGUGUUGUUGUAUUUCUAAGUCACUGAAUGGGAGAGAUUCUGGAAAACGUCUUUGAAAAACUCAGUCAUGGAUAAGCUGAACCUUUCUACUGCAACCACUUCUGUGUUUACUCAUUUUGCUGGUUACCAAAAGUCAGCCGGGUGAGGGCGCUGUGACAGGUGUCGUCAGUAUUAUUCCUCCCUCGCAGGUCGGCGCGUUAAGUGUUACCGUGGAUUAUUUUUUACUUCUGCAAUCAAAAUGAAGGAGCUCCUGAGUCCACUCUCCCUCUUCGGUUUGUCGUACAGCUGUUCUAUGGUUGCACAUGCUGGAGCACUAUUGCAUGUAAAUAAAAGCUUAUCAAAUUG